GUCCAUGCAAAGGUCCGUCGUUCAAUCCGGCGUGGGGGCAUUCCUUUUUCCACGCCAACUACGUGAAUUCAGCUGUAUUUCCUUUUUGCCAGGCACGACUAGAAAACAAUAGUCCCUCAUGCAAAGAAACGGAUCUGGAUACAGGUGAUAAUAAGCCCAACCACCACCCAAAUACAACCCUAAGAGAUACCUAUCCAGUGCGGCAAGGGGGCUGGAGCUUGGCAGUGACACUGUCUAAGAAAGGAAUAAGACUGACUGACAACAGUGUUGAAAGGAAGAAAGCGUCAGAUCGACAAGUUGGCCAAGUAAUCUCUUCUGGUCUGUUGGCCUGGGUAACCUGUCAGCAAUAAAUGGACCCCGCACCCCGCGGUUCAGCUUAUGCUCCAACCUCGGACAUCUCUCCUUCCUCCAUCUCUACAUACUCCAGGCAUCACCAUGGAGGCCCUUAUGGUACAGGCCAUCAAGGACAGCGCCGCCUUGAAAAAGACAUCGGUGCCCUGGAAUCUCGACGAGCCUUGCCCACAGACCUACUACGACUAUGAUCCUGCCGCAUCCACGUGGGUGUCGCAGUCCCCCGUCCAGAGCACCAAAGACACCACACCCAUAUCAACAAUAGCCCUCUAUACUUGGAACAUCGACUUCAUGCUCCCCUUCGCCGCCGCCCGCAUGAGACCAGCGCUCGCCCACCUAGAACACCUAACGCGCUCCCUCCCACCAACCACCGCCCCCAUCAUCUUCCUCCAGGAAUGCACCCCAUCCGACCUCACCACCAUCGCCGCAACCCCCUGGGUUCAAUCCCGCUUCCACCUCAUCGACAUCGACCCCUCAAGCUGGGCCACAACGCAGUACGGGACCACCACGCUGAUCGACGCCCGUCUCCCUAUCUCUUCCGCCUUCCGCGUACACUAUUCCAAAACACGGAUGGACCGGGACGCCCUCUUCGUCGACGUCGGCGUCUCUGCCAGUAGACCAAAUGCCGGGGAUGAAAAAGAAAAACUGACUCUCCGCCUCUGCAACACUCAUCUCGAAUCCAUGGCAUUCGACCCGCCCUUCCGCCCGUCGCAGGUAAGUCUCUUCACGGAAUACAUGCGUCACGACGGAAUCCACGCCGCGUUAGCAGCGGGGGACUUCAACGCUAUCCAGCCAUUCGACCGGACCUUGCACAGGGAGAAUAGCCUCAAGGACGCGUUCCUGGAGCUCGGCGGGCAGGAGGAUACAGAGGAGGGGUAUACAUGGGGCCAGCAGGCGGCGACGAGCCAGCGGGAGCGGUUUGGGUGUUCGCGGAUGGACAAGGUUUAUUUCUGUGGGGGAGUGAACGUGCGCCGGUUUGAGAGGUUUGGGGCGGAGAUAUUGGCGGAGGGAGAGGAGGAGCGGAGGGGGAUUGUGGAGUUGGGGUUUGAGAGGCCUUGGGUUACGGAUCAUUUGGGGGUUGUGGCUGAGGUGGAGGUUUUGGUUGGGAAUAGAGGGCUGCUUUAGGCUGCUUGGACUAGAAACUUUCUACGUAGUAGUAAAACAUAGAUUCGGAAGAAAUCCACCUUGGAGAUGCCAAUGUCGGCUUGAUCGACUUCAGUGCUGGAUCCUACAUGCUUGCAUCAUGAAAAUGGAUGUCUUCCCAGAGCCCUGACCGAGAGUAUUGUAUAGCUUUCUUACCGAACCCUGACAUGCAGUGAACGGCAAUGCAUCAGCUGCGUAGAAUUCUAUCUAUGGAUAUUGCAUUACCAAUGAAAGCGUCCACAUGACAUUGAACC